AUGCGUACUGUGGGCUCGCUGUCGAGUCUCUGAGGUUGUUGUUAUGAGUGAAGUAGGCCUCGGACUAAAUUAACAAGUUAUCCCGCCGCUGCCCCGGGAAACCUGCUCAUGGAGGGCAUGGACGUCGAUCUGGACCAGGAGCUCAUGCAAAAGUUUAGUUGCAUGGGCACCACGGAUAAAGAUGUGCUCAUCUCUGAGUUCCAGAGGCUUCUGGGUUUCCAGCUGAACCCGGCCGGCUGCGCCUUCUUCCUGGACAUGACCAACUGGAAUCUCCAAGCAGCCAUCGGAGCGUAUUAUGACUUUGAGAGUCCAAACAUCAACACGCCAUCCAUGUCUUUUGUAGAAGAUGUGACCAUUGGCGAGGGCGAGUCUGUGCCCCCUGACACACAGUUCACAAAGACGUGGCGGAUACAGAAUACAGGAUCAGAGUCGUGGCCUCCAGGCGUCUGUCUGAAGUACAUUGGUGGAGACCAGUUUGGUCACGUGAAUAUGGUGAUGGUUAGGUCUCUGGAGCCGCAGGAAAUCUCAGACGUCAGUGUCCAGAUGCACAGUCCGGCCAAUCCAGGCAUGUACCAGGGCCAGUGGAGAAUGUGUACAGCCACUGGACUCUUCUAUGGAGAUGUGAUCUGGGUGAUCCUGAGCGUAGAGGUUGGGGGUCUGCUUGGGGUCACACAGCAGCUAUCCUCCUUCGAGACGGAGUUCAACACUCAGCCGCACCGCAACGUUGAGGGAGACUUCAACCCCUUCGCCUCACCGCAGAAGAACAAGCAAGAUGCCAACGAAGAGACCCUAAAAGACACCAGAGGCCCCUGGGUGGCCCCUCUGGACUCCAUACAGCAAGAUCAAAAUGGACUCUCUCACAACUCUGUAAAUAUUACGCCAAAUGGUCUACAAAACAACUUAUCAGUAGUGACUUACAGCCAGGGUUGUCAUGGGCCCUACCCGUUUGGCCAGUCUUAAAAGACAAGAAUUAUCACCACCAGGCAGCUCAGUGGAGCCGUCACUCUGGAAUCCCCAUUUUCUGUGGGGUUACGUGGGGGAGCAACAGAUUUCUUAUUGACUUGACAACCCUACUCUCCCUUUGCAUUACAACACAGCAUAAAAUAUGGACAAGGCUGUUUGGCUCUGAAUCAACAUUCAGCCAUCUUCAACACGCAUGUGUGAAUGCUAAAUUAAGAUGAGUGCUAGAAAUCCUUAAAGUCAAAUACACAGGUUUUGUUUUUAUUGUCGCAUUGCUGCAGUUGUGUGCGCGCGUGCGAGAGUGAGAGAGAAAGUGGUGUAGUGUAUGUGUGCUUGUAAGCUUGUGUGUGGACCAUGCACAAAAGUGAUAUGAAAAAAGCCAUUGAAAAAUAACUUUUGCUUGUCAAGAAAUUUUUAUAAUUUACUUUGUGAACCAUAUGAUUUUACUGAUAAAUCACUUUUUUUUUAACUGAUUCAUUCUAGACUGCUCAACAUUUGUCCUUGUUUGUUCUAAGUUAUUAUAAUGAUCUCAAGAGUACUUCUAAAAGUAAAAAAAAAAUAGCUUUCAGAAUCACUACACAAACUCAACAGUAGUGCUUGUUAGAGACCAGAAGAUGGAACUGUUGAACCUUUGAACAUAUACCCAUAUACGCACCUAUGUAAAACUAUAAAGCUUACUAGGCCCCUUAAUUUUCCUGAGCAAAUUUCACAACCAAGGAGUUUCACAUCUCCCAGUUGUAUCAUUAUUAUAUUGAUGGGCCCUAUAGUAUUUUCAUUGUGGUCACUCGUGUUAUGUUCAUUUUCUUUUGAAAGCCAAGUGCUUUUGAGUAUGUGUGGUGGUUUAAAUCCUAGCAGCUCACGAUUAUGGCAUAAAUGUUUAGCUCAAGCAUUAAUUUCAUGAAAACUGUUUUUAAUGUAAGAGUCUUCAGAAGCACAUUGUUAUUGAUUAUUUAGGUUUUUCCAGGUCCACAAAGAUUUUUACAAAUUAAAUUUAUCAAACUCUCUGUACUCCUCCUUUUUUCCCCCCCUCCCCCUUGACAUUUCUUAUUAAACCCCAUGUAUAAAAUGCAAAUGAAUGAUUACAGGGAAAAUGCUUGGCCUACAUUGUUUACACAUCAACGUUAUGAAAGGACAUGAUGUAUUCAAUAUAUUAGUGUAUGUAUUGCAUACUAUUUUAUAUAAUUUAAAAUUAAAUGUAAACUUUGUAAGAAUGAUUAACACUAAAUAUUUUAGGUUGUUAAAUUUUAAUGCAGUACAGGAAUGAAAUUGGCUGAAAUAAGUGUGCAGUAUCCCAGUUUAAGUCACCUUGGAAAACAAGCCAUCAGAUAACAUGCAUUGCAGAUGAUGCUUUGUGUCCACAGUUACGGUCAUGUUGCGAUAAACAGCUAAUUGGAAUUUCAUUUCAUGAUGAGCUACACAAAGAAAUUUUUAGCAAAAUAGUUCUCUUUAUGUGUCUGGUGGCUGAUGAAGGGAUUGUCCUGGAUAAUACACAUGCUUUGUCUUUGUUUUCUAUGUUGUAUGUGUUUUAGUUCAAGUCACUGAUUAUCUAUGCAGUGUUUUAAAGGGGUUUAUGUGUUUUUUGUUUCUCCAGGUAAACACAUUGUUAAAUCAUCAAUGCCAUAAAGCCAGCUGGUUUUGCGUGUGAUUGCCAUAGAGAUUAGACGGGGAAAAUUCCUUCAGCUUUCUCGAUUGCGAAUGUUGUGUACUGCCCACAGCUCAAGGGCUGUGUCAUGGUCUCAUAAGUCAAGUCUUCCUUGGAGUUGUUUUUGUUCUUUCCUUGAAGUGAGCUCCUCAUCCCAACUGGACAGAUAUAAUUAUUUCUCAUUGACUGACUGUUGCUGUCUGGCUUAGUGUGUGCAAGAGGCUAUAUUUGAGUGACAAGUAGCUCUGUUGUGCUUUCUUUUUAAUUUUUUUUUUUGUUUGCUGUUGAGUUUUCUUCACGAUGGCAUGGUGAAUGGACAAGCAGAGUGUUUGGAUAGAGACCUAUGGUAGCACAUUUUAACAAGAAGAGGAAAUACAGAAAUGAAACCUUUUUCCUGUAUGUGUAAAUGAACAUUUCUAUAAUUAAAUCAAUACUUAAGAAUUAA